AACCCACACCCACGUCACAUCUCGACCAUUUCCCCAGACACCUAGAUCUCUAGAUACCCCAAUCACCAGAUCAGAGUCCCAGCCAUGGAUUCAUUAGUGGCCCAGUACGCCCGCCCGGCCUACGCGGACGAGGGCCAGACGCAGGACGAGCAGCUGGAGCUCUACAGCGGGACCCCAGAGCUGUCACUCAAGUUUGCCCUUCCCCCAGUAGCACAGUCGGCAUCAUGGCUGCGCGCAAUGACAGACGACUACUCCAACCCCAACUGCCCCAUCAAGAUUGCACACGGUACCACGACGCUGGCCUUCCGCUUCAAGGGCGGCAUCAUCGUCGCCACCGACUCGCGAGCAACGGCCGGCAACUGGAUAGCAAGUCAGACGGUGAAGAAGGUCAUCGAGAUCAACAACUGCUUGCUGGGCACCAUGGCGGGUGGCGCAGCUGACUGCCAAUACUGGCUCGCAUAUCUAGGCAUGCAGUGCCGUCUCCACGAGCUCCGCCACAAGCGCCGCAUAUCGGUAGCGGCAGCGUCCAAGAUCCUCGCCAAUUUGGUAUACUCAUACAAGGGCAUGGGCUUGAGCAUGGGCACAAUGUGCGCCGGCGUCACCCCUCAGGAAGGCCCCGCCCUUUACUACAUUGACAGCGACGGCACACGUCUCGCAGGCAACCUCUUCUGCGUCGGGUCGGGUCAGACGUUUGCCUACGGUGUGCUCGAUGCGCAAUACAAGUACGAGCUCGAAGACGAUGAGGCGCUGGAGCUUGGUCGGAGGAGUAUCCUGGCAGCCACCCAUAGGGACGCUUACUCUGGCGGGUUCAUCAACCUGUACCACGUCAAGGAGGAUGGCUGGGUCAAGCACGGCUUCAGCGAUACGAAUCCUAUUUUCUGGGAGACUAAGCUCAAGAAGGGCGAAUUCUCCAACGUUACAAGCGAGCUGGAGUAAAGGGUAUUGGCGGCAUCAGAACCUUUAGGUUGAGCGACGCUCGGGCUUGUCAGCAGUGGAGGAUCAGUGUCUGAGCCGGGAACCAACCCGUGAUGCGCUUAUUAGCAUUGAUGAGAACUUGAACCUGGUGGCAGCUCAUGACUGCUACAAUGUAUGAACUAUCCCGGCCAUGAUUAGACACGUCCAAUGAAUAACUGCAUACCACGUAGUCUGGAUGACUCCAGCGCCCAUGCACCUCCAAGUCAGCUCUUGUAAAGCUAAGUGACGAAUAUGACACGAAUUUUCAAAC